AUGACUGAAGCUAAUAGCAAGUCUGUGAUAAACGAAGCAAUUGUUAAAGAUAAUAUCAGCAGAGCUGACAUGGCUAAUGCUAUCUUGUCUCAAGAAUUACGUGAAUGUAUCGAAACAGUAACCAAGCCCUUAACAAAGCAUCAGAAUACUAUUGGAGUAAUAUCCAGUAUUCGUAGGCAAGUAUUGGAUAAAAAAAUCCGGAUUUCUCUUCACCAAUUACUGGAGAUAGUAAAACCCGAGGUUCAGCAAGAUAUAAACUCGAUGGCAAACCCCGAUAUUUCUCGAAAAAAUCCUCGUGGUGGGUCUUUUUCCAUCGAUACAAAUGGCCUAGGCUCGUCAUUUUUAUUUUUGGCAUAG